GAACGACGGACCCAAACCUGUAUUGAGAGAUAUCCAAAAGUUUUGAUAUGGACCUGGACGCCCCAAAAUCAGCCAUGGCCCACAAUUCGUCUCUCGAUUGGGCUAUGGGUUAUUUUGAACUGCGCAGGCUCAGCCCAAUAAUUCGAUUCCCAUUACACAUGCCGCUAACAAAACCCUGGUCAGCUGGUCUCCUCUUCACUUCAAUCGCUCCAUCUCUGCCCGCCGUAGCCGCCGUACUUAGGCUGCCGCCAUGCCGAAGCACUACAGGCCCGCUGGAAAGAAAAAGGAAGGUAAUGCAGCUAAGUAUGUGACGAGGUCUCAAGCGGUGAAAUACCUCCAAGUCACCCUUCCUGUUUUCAGGAAAUUAUGCAUCCUCAAAGGUGUUUUCCCUCGGGAACCGAAGAAGAAGGUGAAGGGAAAUCACCAUUCUUAUUAUCACAUGAAAGAUAUAAUGUUCCUUAAACAUGAGCCAAUACUAGAGAGAUUAAGGGACAUCCGAGCUUAUGAGAAGAAGGUGAAGAAGGCCAUGUCGAAGAAGAAUAGGGAUCUCGCUGAACGAUUGUUGACACGAAAACCUACCUACACUCUUGACAUGCUCAUUAAAGAGAGGUAUCCCAAGUUCAUUGAUGCAUUGAGGGAUCUUGAUGACUGUCUAAGUAUGGUACACCUAUUUGCAGCAUUGCCUGCUGUGGAUAGGGCUGUUGAUGGAGAGAAGAUACCCGUAAGCCGUGUCCAUAAUUGCAGAAGGUUGAGUCAUGAGUGGCAGGCUUAUAUUUCUCGCACGCAUAAACUAAGGAAGACCUUCAUUUCUGUGAAAGGAAUUUAUUACCAAGCGGAGGUUGAGGGGCAAAAGAUUACUUGGUUAACUCCACAUGCACUGCAACAAGUUCUACCUGAAGUGGAUUAUAGAGUUCUGCUAACAUUUUUGGAAUUCUACGAGACUCUUCUUGCAUUUGUUAAUUACAAACUUUAUCAGUCAAUAAAUGUGAAGUAUCCACCCAUUUUGGACUCUCGACUUGAAGCUCUGGCUGCUGAUCUUUAUGCCCUGUCAAGAUACUUUGAUGCUCAUGCUCAAAGUUCCUCUAUGAAAAUGGAUACUUCAUCUGGAUCUGACCAGACCAACCAGCUUGAGGGGACAAAACCUGAUGAAUCUGAACUUAGGCUUGCCCAGCUUCAGCAACAGCUUCCUUCUAAUGAAGCUGGUGCUUUGAUGCACCUUGUUGAAGAUGUCGCUAAUGAGGAUAAGGAAGAUGCAGAAACACAGGAAUGCAAAAAUCUCUUCAGGAACAUGAAAUUUUUUUUGAGUCGUGAGGUUCCUAGAGAAUCAUUACUGUUCAUCAUUCCUGCUUUCGGCGGUACAGUUUCUUGGGAAGGUGAAGGCGCACCAUUUGAGGAGUCUGACCAUAGUAUCACUCAUCAGAUUGUUGAUAGACCAUCUCAGGGACGCAAAUUCCUUUCCAGAGAAUAUGUGCAGCCUCAGUGGGUUUAUGAUUGUGUCAAUGCACGCAUUAUAUUGCCCACCGAGAAAUAUAUGGUUGGAUGUGUUCCUCCGCCACAUUUAUCCCCAUUUGUAGACAAUGAAGCAGAAGGUCAUGUUCCUGAGUAUGCAGAAGCUAUUGAGCGACUGAAGAAUGCUCAAAGAAACGAUAUCCUACCAUUGCCUGGCACAGGAAAAGAAGACUUGGAUGACCCUCACAGUUUACUUGGCAUCAGUGACCGAAAAGAAGCUAUUGAAGCUGCUGAGAGAAAACAGAAGAUGUUAACAAAGCAAAAGCAAUAUCACGAAGAGUUGAAACGAGAGCUCCAAGGUGACCAGUAUUCUUCUCUUCCCAGAGGCAUUGAAGCUGAGGAUUAUGCCGAAUUCGACACAGCCCCCGAUUUGAAUCAAAUGGCCCAGGAUGCAUCUAGUAUGUCAAAGAUUGGAAUGCCACGCAAAAGGGCUCGACUUUUAGAAGCCAUGGAGAUGGGCAAAAAGAAGAAACAGGAUCGCGUACGGCAUCUGAAAGAACGAAAGAAACAGAUCGACGAGGCUAUGAAAUCUGCAUAAGGGUCACAAUUUUUUUCGAUGUGUUAUGUUUUAUGCUGUGUUCUUGAUAUUACAUUUGCCUUUUUUGUUUUUAUUUGUUUUAUUGAACAAAGCUGGCUGAAAUUUUGUUGUAAUGUUUAAUCUUUGACAUAUUCUAUGUUGCAAUUGAUUUUAUGCUUUUAAUAUACUGAUUUUGAUUUAGGUCUUCUUUCCUUUGGCAUGUAUUGCCUGGAGUUUGAAUUGAUUUCAUUUUCUUAUGAUCAGUGGAAAUCAAUUAGACCGGAUUUUUAAGAUAAAAAGAUUUUGUGUUUGACGUUGUUGAAUGUUGGGUUUGGG